AUGAUUCAUGAUCAUUCAUUACACUUCCAAGAUACCACAUUCCUCAAAAAGUAUCUGGGUACUAUUGACGGAAUUUUGGAUCAUUUCAGCGAUCUUGUGAAUGAGCUUGGCCUUGUGCGACAGUUUCUUGAAGAGGGUACGUGGGCCUUCGUUGAUUGGGUAAAAGAUGUGGGAGUUCCCAAAGCAUACUUUGACAAAGGAGCUGCAACUAUCAACAGCUUAGUCUAUGCAAUGGCUUUGAGGUCUGCCGCAGUUUUGUCCGAAGCCGUUGGUAGGAAGGACACUGCGAGUGAAUACCUUGAUAGAGCUAGUUCUCUCAUUCGGUCUGUCAAUAAACAUUGCUAUGAUAGCAACAAGAAUCUAUAUCUCGAUGGACCCGGCGCUAUUGGAGAGAGUUCACAACAUGUCCAGAUUUUCGCAGUACUUGUAGAUGCUACAAGCGGAGAGUCAGCCAAAGACCUAAUGAGAAAGACCAUUCACGAAAGAGAAUCGUUGGGGCUUGCAAAGGCAUCAUUCGCAAUGUCCUUCUAUAUGUUCCGAGCCGUUGCGAAAGCCGGAAUUUAUGAAGAAGUUUGGGAGAAGCUACUCGGCCCGUGGAAGAAGAUGCUUGACCAGAAUUUGACCACUUGGGCAGAAAGUGAAAGUAUGGUCAGAAGUGAUUGUCAUGGAUGGAGUGCAACUCCGAUGUAUGAGAUUGUGAGGGAAAUUGUUGGCAUUCAAUAUCCAACCAUAGAAGAUAGCGACGGAUGUCUAACAAUGGUCAUUAAACCUAGAUGUGAUUUGGUAAAGCAAAUGAAAGGUACAUUUGCGGUUCAGGGAGGUGAAAGUGUAGAUGUUUCCUGGGACGACUCUGGAAUGGUCAAGGUUCUUAGCUCUAGUGAUAUGCGGGUUCAAAUGGUAUUAAAAGGAGUCAGUCACGAUAUCAAGCUUUUAAAAGGCGUGGAGCAAUCUUUCAAGCUUGAAAAAUAG